UUGGGGAAAUUUUGUUUUGAAAACAGACCGAUUCUUAUAUCGCUUCAUCGUUUUAUAGAAUUCGUUUUAUACAUGUUAAUAUAAGCUCAUACUACAUGUAAUUUACAUUACAAUUUACAGAAAUAAUUUGAGUAGGGUUUUUGCUACUUAACAUGUGAGGUUUGAAACAAUCCAAGCAUAAAAUUAAAUAAUAGGCGCAACUACAAUAAGUGCUGCACAAGAAAGUUUCUGGGAUGCAGAAACCGAAACACAAGUUAGAAUGGUUUAAAAGACAAACAAGUAGUAAAGAUAAUUAUGAUGGCUUGCAUACUAAUUCAGUAAGACUGACUUCAAAAAGCCUGAAACAAAGCAUUAAGGCCAAGUAGCGAGGGGGCCUAUACAUACUAAUUCAGUUUCCCCAAAACGGAUACCUGACCAUUUUCUAAUUCAUGUUAUUCAUGUCAUGUCCAAACAGUGAUUUAAAGCCUGCCCCCUGACUUCACUCAAUCGUCAGACGCAGGGUUAUCCCCUCAAAACAAACCGGUUGGACACCUGCCUAUUUCCAAAUUCUCUCGCGAGCGAGAAAAGCAGACAAAACUCGUUCUCUGUCAUACGAAGCGGACGGCUGUUUGGUCUCCGCGGCUCGACUGCAUUUCACAGUAGUGAAAAUAUCAGAUUCAGCGACGAGAAAGUCCAGUCCGACGCGAUGACAGAGGAAUCUGCCAGGAAGAGGGGCGUGGUCACGCUCACCGCCGACCAAUCGUAUGAGGGCGUUCCGAGCAGUUACCAGGACGACGAUGACGUGUGGAGGGCCUUCCUAGAGAGCCCGCUGACGGCCGCCUCCAAGGCCAUGAUGAGCGUGAACGGAGAUGAGGAAGCUACCGGAGCCCUGGGCAUGCUCUACGAAUACUACAAAAUUCCUCGGGACAGGAAGCCUGGAAUCCAAUUUAAAACAGAGAGCCCUUCUUCAGAAGACCCGGAAACCAGCAAAACCAACAGCAGCAGCUUCCCGGGGGCCUACCAGGACUCCCUGCUGACGAUGACCCCGCUGACCAACGUGUCCCUGCACAACGUGGUCCAGGCAAGCCCCCCCGAGCCCGCCAAGAGGGGGGGCUCCUACAGCCACCCGUACCCGGAGCCCAUCGUACCGCCGCCCCCCUACUCCGACGCCCGGCACGCCCUCCCGGAGGGGGUGGCCCCGCCGCCCCGCCGCCCCCAGACCGCCCCCCAGGGGUUCAGAGCCGCCCUGGGGGGCCCCGGGAGCCUGGGGCACAGGGGCAGUAGCCCCGGCUCUCUCACCCCGGACUCCACCUGCCAGGGUUUUGCUCUAGCAGAGAACCUCCAGAUGCGUCUGGGGUCGGUCAGCUCAGAUGACCUUCCCCUCGACAGCUCAACAUGUCUCAGUUUUGAGUACAUUCUGGAAGCCCCCCAGUCCCUGAGGCCCAAGAGCAGCGGUGGCCCCACAAGCUACCUGAACAAGGGCCAGUUCUACCCCAUCACCUUGUGUUACCGUGACGAUGGAUCCGGGCCCCCAAAGAACUAUCACAGCGUCAGGAGUGUGGUGAUGCUGGUGUUUGGGGAGGAGAAGGCUUAUGAAGAUCAGCUGAAACAUUGGAGGUUCUGGCAGAGCAGACAACACACUGUCAAGCAGCACUGUCUGGACAUUGCUGAUUACAAAGAAAGCUUCAACACAAUCUCCAAAAUGGAAGAGAUAGCGUACAACGCCGUCUCCUUCACCUGGGACAUCAAGAACGAAGCGAGGAUCUUCAUCUCGGUCAACUGUCUGAGUACAGACUUCUCCCCCCAGAAGGGCGUGCGGGGCCUGCCCCUCAACCUGCAAGUGGACACCUAUGCCGUGGGUCGUCACGGCGACCGGCUGGUGCACCGCGCGGUCAGCCAGGUGAAGGUGUUCUGCGACAAGGGGGCGGAGCGGAAGAUCCGUGACGAGGAGCGCAAGCAGAGCCGCAGGCGGAUGAAGGGGCUGGCGUCGGACACCUCCGGCACGCUUGACAAGAACUCGGUGAAGUACUAUGAUCUCACUGUGUUCACCAGUCUCGACGACCUGGACUCUGUUCCGGUUCUGUUCAUACCAGAAUCCUCCUUCUCCCAGAGACACGGCUGCCUGACCAGCGAGGCCGUCGAAAGCUCCGGCCAGAGGAGACCGCCUUUCCAAGGCGACCCCACGCCGGCCAAACGCCUGCGACACGACGAAUCAAACCGAGUGUUGCUGUACGUACGUAGGGAAGAGGAGGAGGUGUUUGAUGCUCUGAUGCUGAACACUCCAACCCUCUCAGGCCUGCUGCAAGCCGUAAAUGAAAAAUACAAUGUACCUCUCGACCGAUUCGGGAACGUUUACAAGAGGUGUAAAAAAGGGAUGCUGCUCAACGUGGACGACAACAUCAUCGAGCACUGCUCCAAUGAGGACACCUUCCAGAUCGACAUGGAAGAGCAGGGAGGCCAGUUCGUCCUCACCCUGACCGAGAUCUGACCCCGCAUGAGAGAUCUGACCCUGGAACAGAGAUCUGGCCCUACAACAGAGCCGAAGAGGCCUCUGAUCUACACCCCGGAUCACUAACGCUGUACCUUAAGCCACAAACGGAAAGUGAAAGUGAAACUAUUUCAGAGGGAGUCAGGAAUUCAUCCUCUGAUAUCUCAAGCGUAAGAAAUGGCAAACCUGAGAAGAACAUACACUGGGAUCUACCCAGUAUAACUGCAGUCUUCAAUUAGCCGCGACUAGUAAAACCACAGUCUUCUACUAUGGACCUCUAGAAUCCACACAGUUUAACCAUAGGUCCUACCGUUUUUCUCCAGUCCCAGAUCAUCUGUAUCCAAGGUAGUGGUUCCCAACCUUGGAGUCGGGACUCCAUUUUGGGUCGCUUAUUUGGCACAUGCAUCAUGAUACAAAACAACAAGCUAGUAAUUAAAUAAGUCCGUAAAUACAUGUACGGCAAUGCACCUAACACCACUGGGACCUCAACCGACAGAUAUUCAUACAGUCAUAACGAGGCGUGAAACACGAGACGCACAACAACAUAGGACAUUUCUGAAACGAAAAAGCGGUCAGGGGCCAAGAAAGGAUUCCAACCAUGGCCCCUGUGGGCCCCUCUAGCUAGUGUUUGUUUGGGGCCACCAGAAUACCAGCAGAACUUUCCCAGGAAUCCCUAGUCGUCCCCCUUGGGGGGAUUGUGGGGUGUGUCGGCCCCUCCAGGAACCGGAACACAUGUUGACCCCUAGAGGCCUAAAGGGGGCCCCCACCCCCCAGAUGGGUCUGUCACCUGUUUGUUAAGACGGCCCCUCGACCCGGCGGGUCCUUCGGGACCCUCGGAGCCUGUGACCAGAGGAGUGCUGGGAUAGGGGGUACCGGUCAUGAUUAGGGAAUGGGGAUUGGGGAACCGAGCCUCGGGUAGGCGUUCAUAUUACACUGGGGUUCCCCCCCGAAUGGUUCUUUCCAGGCGGACUUGGAACGACACACACAACCACCGCUGAGUUAUUUGGAUUCAGGACCGAAGAGAGGUGUAGACAUUUUCACAUUCGGUUUAGACCAACAGUCGUAGAGUCUGAAAGUCUGCCCAACACAAUGUGUUUGCAGCAACAUCUGCUGUUUGAGUGUGAUGGCCAGGUGUCAAUCACACUGGUUUGAAAUAACACGCUUGUGUAUGCAGGCACGCACACGCAUACAAUCCGCACACACAGAUCCAUGCACACAAGCACGCACACACACAAACACGCCGUAUGCAUGAAUGUGUCACAGUGUGACAUGUAUUCAGUGUUCAUUAGCAAAAGGUAUUGUGAACAGUUAACAUCUCAAUUUUAAUAAGAGUAAUUUGGGGAUUUUUGUAACAGAAAAAAAUAAUUUGAUUGGAUUUCUUCCAAGAAUUUCUGUAUUUUUUGCUGAUGUGGUGUUUGGUCUUUAAAGUAUUCUCCUUGUGUCUUUAUUAUUUUAUACUGAAUUAAAUGAGUCUAAAGAAAAAAUGACUGGAACACUUUAUGUGUUCAUGCAUUUCUGUGUGUGUGUGUGUGUGUGUGUGUGUGUGUGUGUGUGUGUGUGUGUGCGCGUGUGCGUGUGCGUGUGCGUGUGUGUGUGUGUGUGUGCGCGCUCGUGUGUUUAUGUGUCAGUGUGUGUGUGUGUGUGCCUAUAAGUGUGUAUUCACAAAUAAGAUGGAAUUGUGGUGAGAAGAACAGUUAAGCCAGGAGAAUUGAGCUGGGGAACAGGGCAGACUGUCGGGAAGGCCAGAACGCACAGGAAGUACUUGUUGUUUCAAGUCAGGCGCUAGUUGAGCAUUAGCCCCGUCAGCAGGUCGUUAGCGGAAACCCUAUUUUGCUGGUGUCAUCUAUUCAUGUGGUGUCAUCUUUAUAAAUGUCCCACUUUAGCUGCGGUCAGUCCUAUAUCUUGGAACUUAUCGAUCGAAAGAAAAUAGAAAGACAACUCUUUGGACCUUCGAAUUUAUUCAGGUAAAGUAAAUAUCCUUUAUUUGUUUAUAUCCAUAAACAGAUCAGAGAUCAGCUAAUAGCAUUUCGAACCAACUGUUGUUUGCACAUUCAUGCCAUCCUCCCAUUAGUAAAAGUAACAAGCAUAAGUUCAGAAAACUUUUUCAAGCUGUAGAAAUCUCAGUUGGAAUUGCGCCUGGUGUCAUGAGGUUCAUGCUAUCCCGACCGUUCCACAUCUGGCCGCAUCGCUCUGUGUGAGAGCUCCGCAAUGUCUGACAGCUGAUGACCUACAUUCAAAAUAGGCCCCGCCCAUUCCACGAGGACACGCCCACAUCUGCCAUGAACGCAAACAAACAAACGGCCGCUCGUAUUCCAUGUGUGUGUUGGUUAAGUUCCAACUUGUUGAGUCCAACGGACUUUCCCCCCGCCCCCCUUUCAUCCUUCCCUGUGCGUUGCCCUCACACCAACCCUCCAAGCCAAACCCAAUGUGACCCAGCUGCAGCCGCCUGCCGCCGACGCAUCCACUUGACCACGAAGGGAAUAACAAGGGAGGGCUUGUUUUGUGUACAUUUGGGUCACUCUCACAGCAUCAACAAGCUACAGACGUUGCCUGUCAUGAGAUGCGUCCAAACCCAGUGAGCAGUGAUAAAGGGCGAUGUGUGGGGGGGUUACUAGAAAGGUGGCAUGGAAUCCUUGGAAGAGAGAAAACAUCUGUUAGAGUAGAGAAGAGACGAAAAAGCAGAAUUAAGAAACCGUGACACGUGUUUCUGUGUGUGUGUCUGGCUGUCUAGGUGUAUCUGUGUAUACAUUGGAAACUGUGUAUGUGGGUUUGCUUUGUCCGAUUCUGACCCAUUUCCCCUCAUCCAAAACAACCCUAAACAUAAGAAAAAAAAAAUCCAUCCUCCAUCCAUUAUUGAAACAAAUACCAACUGCCCCGACAGCAGUAGGUAAACAGCAGAUCGCCACGACAACAACGGAAAGCCCCUGAACUACUCCUAGUGGUGAACUGAAGGGCAAGCUGCUCUGAGCUAUAAGCUCUGGUGCUAAUGAGAGGGGAGGCCCACCUCGAGGGAGCGGUGGCCAGGGGCUGUGUGUGUGUGUGUGUGUGUGUGUGUGUGUGUGUGUGUGUGUGUGUGUGUGUGUGUGUGUGGGGGGGGGGGGGGGGGGGGGGGCGGGGGGGGCUGUCGGUGGGUCUGUGGGAGAGCAGGGUUUUUUCUUGGAAAGCUUGAAGGGAGGGAUGACCUAUGACCCUGUGGUAAUGUGCACUGCAACAAGCACAACGGGUCAUGACUUGAGGCGCCUGCCACGCCCACACCCACGUGUACAUGCAUACACACACACACACACACACACACAUGCAUACAUGCCAACAAACACACACACACACACACACACACACACACAUACACACACACACACACACACACACACACACACACACACACACACACACACACACACACACACACACACACACAUACACACACACACA